CCAAAUAUACUACGUCAUUCAUUCUUUGACUGAUUCGUUGCAAAGGAACAUAUUACGUCUUGUUUUGUUUUUACAUUUAAAAAAAAGAUCCAAUUGUCCUGUGGAAAAAGGGGAUUAAAAUGAAGAGGAUUCUAAUCGCGUUAUUCGCGAUUAUAGCUGUUUCAUCGGCUGCGGUGAUAAUUAAAGCCGAGGGACAAGAGACGCCUCAUCUUUUGGGUUCAAAGGCAUGCACAUGGGGACCUUCCUAUUGGUGUCAAAAUCUCACGACUUCGGCAGGAUGUAAAGCGACGAAACAUUGUGUGCAAAAGGAAUGGAUUAAUUUGAAAGUUCCUGACGACACGGACAGUGUUUGUGGAAUUUGCAAGGAUAUGGUGACACAGGCACGCGAUCAAUUGGAGAGCAAUCAAACGCAACAGGAUUUGAAAGAUGUUUUCGAGGGUAGUUGUAAAUUAAUUCACAUCAAGCCGAUUGUUAAGGAGUGCAUUAAACUCGCCGAUGAAUUUGUUCCCGAUCUCGUUGAAACAUUGGCAUCGCAAAUGGAUCCAUCGGUUGUUUGCACUGUCGCUGGUCUUUGCAAUUCGGCUCAUAUCGAUAAAUUGCUUCUUGAAUACAAAGGAGGCGACGCGCAAUCGAAGGUGGAGAAGAGACCGUUCGGCGAUGACGAACUAGAUCCAAAUGAUUGUUCUAAAUGCUUCACGAUUGCCAGUCAUAUGGAGAAUAAAUUUCAAACAACGUCAAGGGAUAAUUUCCUUCAAAAUCUUUUACACUUUUGCGGUCAAUUCAGUUCUUUCUCGGACGCGUGCUCUGCCAUUGUUUUAACGCACUUUGAAACAAUUUACGAUCAUUUGCAAAACAAUUUCAAAGCUUCGAAUAUUUGCCAUCUCUCCGGACAAUGUAGCAGUAAAUUCCAUAAACAUGAUGACGAAACGAGCUUGGACGUGGAAAUUCGUCCAUUGUCAAGUGUUGGAAUGGUGGAAAUUGGCGACGAUUUGCCUUGCAAAUUAUGUGAGCAAUUAGUUGGACAUUUGAAAGAACUUUUGGUCGCUAAUACAACCGAAGCUGAAUUUAAAAUGGUCCUCGAUGGACUUUGCAAGCAGACUAAUUCAUUUUCUUCUGAAUGCCUAUCGAUUGUUGAUCAAUACUAUCCAGAAAUUUACACCUAUUUAACAAAACAUUUGGAUGGCAAUGAAGUGUGUGAAAUGGCUGGUAUUUGCCCUGCGCCCGGUAAAAAUAUUCAAAAUGGACCGAUUGCACCACUUUUGCCCGAAGUACCGAGAAAAAUUGCUGAAAAAAUGGUGUCACAACAACAUCGUUCGGAAGCUGAAGAAAUGCAAUUGCCAAUUGAGAGACAUUUGCCAUUCACUAGUUUAGGAUUCCCACGAAUGGACGUUGAGGGAAAAAGAACUUGUGCUUUUUGUGAAAUGCUUUUACAUUAUGUGCAAGAAGUCCUCACGACUCCAAAAACGGAGGACGAAGUGAAGCAAGUUUUCGAUAAGGUUUGCACAAAGUUGCCGACAUCGAUCAAAGAUACCUGCGAUGAAUUUGUUAAUACCUACGGCGACGCUAUUGUUGCAAUUCUCGUUCAAGAAAUCGAUCCAACGACGGUAUGUCCGAUGAUUCAUGUUUGCCCCUCACAAGAGCAAAUGGAUUUCUGGGAGAAAAUCCCAUCAGAAAUGGUAUUGAAAUCUGACGUUAAAGAAAAACCAAGUUGUCCACUUUGUUUACUCGCUCUGGAACAAAUUUACAAUACUAUUAAGAACAAUAAAACCGAGGCCAACAUUGAAUAUCAAUUGAGUAAAUUGUGCAAUCAUUUGCCAAAGAGUUUAGUCGAUGAAUGCAACGAUUUGGUGAAAGGUUACAGUCGCGAACUUAUCGAAAUGUUGCUCGCCGAUCUCACACCGCAAGAAGUUUGCACCUCUAUUAAAUUAUGCGAUCCCGCAAAACACGUUGGACCAACAAUUCAAGUUGCGAACAAUUUUUAUCCACUCGAUAAGGACGGACAAAUUAUGACAAACGAAAUUCCAAAUUUCCCGUUACAUCCAAUGAAAAUGAAACCAGUGAAAGAUGAUGACGUUGAAUGUGUAAUUUGUGAAUUCGCCAUGCAAUAUUUGGAGAAAGCGUUGAGCGAUAAAAAUACAAAGGAUGAAAUUGAACACGUUGUUCAUGUAGUUUGUAAUCAUUUACCGAAAACCGUUGCCAAGGAAUGUAAUCAAUUUGUUGAUAAUUAUGCGGACGUUGUAAUUGAUCUUCUAUCGAAAGAAGUCAGUCCCAAGGAAGUUUGCUCAAUGAUUGGCCUCUGCAAUUCCUCUGUUCAAGAAUUUAAAAAAUCAGUUGCCGAGUGUGCUCUCUGUCAGGAUAUUGAAUCGAAUAUUUACAAGAAAGUUGGCGACACAAAAGAUCCAGAAGAAAUUGAGGCAAUUAUUUCCAGAGUCUGUAAAUAUAUACCAGCAAUUUAUGAACACAAGUGCACGAUGAUGAUGGAAAUAUACGAACAAAGUAUAAAUAAUAUAAUGAACAAAUUCGAGGAAUCGCCAAAUAUUUGCAGUAAACUUGCUCUAUGUUCAGCAAACGAUUAUAUGAUGUUGAAAGAUAAUCGUCGAGAGAGACGUGAUGCAAAUGAAGAUAAAAUACAUCCUUGCACAUGGGGCUUAGGCUAUUUAUGCGCCAACGAAGUUGCAGGAAAGAAAUGCAAUGUUAGUGAUAUACAAUGCAAAAACUAUAAAGAGAUCUCUGAGAAUGGUUUGAAAACGAAAUUAUCAAAUACUCAAAAAUCUGCAGAAACCCUGUAAUGUGCGAUCACAUUUUUAGAUCAAAGCAAAAAAUAUAGAUCAAAUAUUAAUAUAAUUUUUGAUACCGAACAAAAGCGAAAAUGAAGCAAGUUUUUCAAAUUUUGAAAAAAAAAAGAAAUAGAAAAUAAUUUGAAAACUUUUGCAAUUCUAUGUAUAACAAUAUACUUAAUUAAAACGAAAAAAAUUGUAUUGUUUAUAAAAUAUUAACAUUUAAUGUAUAAGAAAAAUGUUAUAAAAAUUUUAACUUUAUAGACUUCGAUUUAAAUUAAGUUCUCUUCCAAUUUUUUCUUAUAAUUUGUAUACCAAAAAAAAAAGAAAAGAAAAAAGAGCUCUAUCAGUUGAAUAGAAAAUUUAAGAAUGGUAAUUGGAAUAAUUUCUCUCUAUUAUUAUAUGUUACUUAAUUUUUUUUAAUGCUGAAUACUCAGUGAAAAAAAUUUACUUUCUAUUUUAGUAAUGUAAGUUUUCUGUGAUAAUGAAUAAAAUAAAAUUUCCUUAAAAUGUAA